AUGCGUGUACUAGGCACUUUGACCGGCCUACUGGCUGGGACGAGGCUCCUGGCCCCCGCGCAGGCCAUCGAGUUGGAUCUCUCCAGUGAGGAAUCGAUCAAAAGCGCGGCGAGUCUAACAACAUGGGGCGCCAUGUCAUAUUACACGGGCAACGAAACGGACGGGAGCCCAGGCAUCAUCCCUAAUAAAUGGUACGAAGGGUCGGUGCUGUUCAUGUGCGCCAUGUACUACUGGCAUUUCACGGGCGACACCACAUACAACCAGGAAGUCCGCGUCGGACUGGAGUCCCAAUCUGGCAAUGGCGACUACCUGCCGGAAAACGCGGCUCAGUAUAUGGGCAAUGACGACCAGGGGUUCUGGGGCGUGGCCGCCAUGACGGCUGCGGAGCUGAACCUCACCGACUACGGCCAGUACUCGUGGCUGUCGCUGGCGCAGGGGGUGUUUAAUACCCAGACGCAGCGCAGUUCGGGAUGGGAUGCCUCGACCUGCGGCGGCGGCGUGCGGUGGCAGCAGUUCAAUUACAUGAGUGGGUAUACGUUGAAGAAUGCCAUCUCGAAUGGACUGCUGUUCCAGCUCUCGGCUCGUCUCUAUCGCUACACCAAUGACAAACAGUAUGCUCAGUGGGCGGAGAAGAUCUGGGACUGGUCGAACGAGUACCUCAUCGACAACCAGACUUGGGUGAUUGCCGACUCGGUCACAACCACCCAGGAUUGCAAGGUGAAGGGCAUGGGUGAUAAUUCAUACAACGAUUCCUCAUUUCUCAUGGGGUUGGCCUACUUGUAUAACCAUACAACGGGCGCCGAGCAAGCUAAAUGGGAACAAGCUCUCAACGGACUUGCCAACAAGGUGCUGACUUUGUACUUCCCUGCCAAGUAUGGCGACGUUGAAUACGAGCCGUCCUGCGACCCGUUCCCCACACAAUGCUACGACAGCAACAACCUGUUAUUCAAGGGCCACACCUCCUCCUGGCUCGGCUGGGUCUCGAUCCUAGCCCCGCAGCUCUCCGAGCAAAUCAUGCAACGACUCCAGAAGACCGCCACAGCCGCCGCCGCGGCCUGCACCGGCCCCGGGCAGGACGGCAAUCAGUGCGGCAGUGCCUGGUACCAGAGCAAGUUUGACGGCCGCACGGGAAUGGAGCAGGAGAUCUCCGCUAGCGAUCUCUUUUCUGUCAACUUGAUUCCGUUCAUCCAUGGCGCGCCCCAGAAGAUCUUGGGGCCGUUGACCUCGACGACCGGUGGCUCGAGUACGAGUAACCCGAACGCGGGCAUGAAUGAUAAUUCGAAUGAAGUUCGGUUCGCACCCAUUAGCGCGGGCGAUCGAGCCGGCGCGGGGAUUCUGACAGCUAUCUUUGUGGCUGGGUGGGUUGGGGGUUUGGCUUGGAUGUUCAUGGAGUAA